CAACACACAGAUCACACUGAGGACUGCCUGUCCUGCCCCCCCUCCCCCCUAUAAAUUACUGCAAACAGCAUCACCGCCUCCACUUGUACAGCUGAAGAGAGCAGAAAGCUUCCUCCACCUGAGCAGCUUGUUGGAGACGAGCAGCUUGUUGGAAACAGCAGUGAAGAUGAAUCUCCUGCCCUGGAUGAUGCUGGUGUUCCUGCUCUCAGCUGGGACCAAUUUGGCUGAUGUGGACGUGGACUGGCUGACUCGUACUGUACAGGCCAUCACAACGCACGUCAGGAGUCAGUACGGGAUAACAGGACAUUACUGUCUGGCUGCGAACAUCCCACUGAGCGGAGACCAAAACACACUUGGUAAAAUGCUUUGGGAAGAACGAGGUGUUAAAGACACAGUUGAAACGCAAAAUCAAGUAUAUACAGGCAACAGUAUUGUCAUAGCCAAACCUGAAAACAAAGGACAAAAUUACCAUGCAGAAUUUCGAGUCCUGACAAACCUGCAAAAAUUUAGUGGAAACAGAAAGAAUAACUUCCUGCUCAUCUACUCUUUCCUGUCCCCGUGUGGACAAAGGUGUGCAAACCCAAAUAAUGAUAAUGACAACAUCCUUCAAUACUUAACAAAAGAAAAUCUAUCACCUUGGGGUAAUUAUGCCUUUGUGUUUACAACAGUCUUUGAUAAGCCUCGUAGAGGUGGUAUAAUUCAUAAAAAAACGUUGAUAAAUACAAUGCAAGACCUUGGGAAUUCUGGGCUUGGUCUCGAAAACAUUUACCGCUGUUUCAAACCAGAAAAUUUUGGAUUUCAGUGCUACAGCUGCUCGUCAGAGCAGACAGUUUCAGAAGUUUGUGUUGAUAACAACUUUAAGCCGGGACAGGGAGGAAGCAGGAACAUACUCGGAGACAACAGAGGCAGAGAUCGACACAGCAGCAGAAGUAGAAGCAGCAGUAGGAGGAGAGACAACAAUAGAGGCAGAGAUAGACACAGCAGCAAAAAGAGAGGCAGAGACAGGAGCAGAAGCAGAAGCCAAAUAAGAAGGAGAGACGAGAACAGAGGAGGAGGUGGAAGCAGGAGCAUAAACACAGGCAGAGACAGGGGCAGAAGUAGAAGCAGCAGUAGGAGGAGAGGGUAUGUCAGCAGAGAUUAGAUCAGUUCAGCACUCUGCUGGGACUCAGGUGGUUUAUUACAACAUGAAUCCUGAGACAGCGCAGCAGUUUCCUGUCGCAGCUCAUUAGUUUACUGCGAAAGCUUCUGCUUUAAAUAAACAAAUAGAUGCUUCUGUUUGUGUCCUUUCAGACAUCAACUGAAGAAACAUGUAAUGAACCACAUCCUGUUUUCAGAGUCAUGUAUUUCUACAGUCAGAUGUUUCUGGUCCCAGUAUAAGAUACGUGGCAGUGGUUCCCACUGAGAUAAUCCCAUUAAAUAACGUUUGAUCAUCACAGAUGUAAAAGCUUUGAUUUCCGGCUACACAUAUAUUACUUAGUGAAUUAUCUUGUGGCAUGUCACUAUAAUGAACGAUUACAUGUUUAAUAAUGAUCAUAUUUUAUAGUUUAGAUGCCUCCUGUUCUCUGUGAACUCACAACAUUUUUAUUUUCCCAAAAGUCAAAGCAAAGACCUGUUAUUGUGCUGCAUGUUCAUUUUGAAUAAAGCUUGAUUCAGCAUCAAA